AACGCCGCCUACAAGGUACUCUCCCAAAUUUUAUGCCAUCGACUAACACCAAUUGCAAGAGAGAUCCUUAAUGGUCGACAUUCAUCCACUUGUGAAGUGAGAGCCCUUAAUCACUUGAGUAAGAUUGAUUUCAUGAACUAUAAAAUACGCCUCAAAGUGACAUCUAAAGCUAUUCUGGUUCGCAAAUACCGAAAUCAAAACAUGAUAAUCGAAGCGAUCGUUUCAGUACUCUUCGCGGCUUCGGCCGUCACGGGCCUUCCGACUACCAAAAUCGUCGGUGGUCAAUACGCAGAGGAACAUCAGUUCCCCUAUCAGGUUGCGCUUCUGUAUUUCGAAAAUUUCCGUUGCGGCGGUUCGAUAAUCAAUGAGCAAUGGGUGCUCACCGCUGCCCAUUGCGUUCUAGCUGGAUCCAACAAGCUUCCUCCAAAUACACUGAAGGUAUUCGCUGGAUCGUCAAACUUGGCAGCAGGAGGCAAUAUGUACGAGGUUGAAGACACAUUCGCUCACGAAUCAUACGGAGACUUCAAAAAUGACAUUGCACUGAUUAAAUUGAAGGAACAAAUCGAGUUUGAUGAAAGCAUGCAGAAGAUCGAACUAUACGGCGAAGAGUUGGAGGAAUCUACACAGGUUACCAUCUCCGGAUUUGGACGCACUGGGACAGAUAUGUCACCUUCCGAUCAACUGAAAUACAACACAAUGUACGUCUUGCGAGAAAGAAAUUGCUACGCCGAAACGGGAAUAGUACACCAAGGUUUGAUCUGCUUGAACAGUGGCAUCGACAACGGGGCCUGCAACGGAGACUCGGGCGGUCCGGCAGUUUAUGACGGACAGCUGGUGGGAGUGGCUAACUUUGUAAUCGAUGGGUGUGGAACUCAGCAUCCGGACGGAUACGCGAAGGUUGCGUACUUCACCGAAUGGAUCAGGGAUACCAUGGAGAACCAUUGAUUCGCUUGCUUUCUCCGA